AUGUCAAGCGCUCCUUAUUAUACGAGCGAUCCCAGAUCGACGUACGGGGGAGGCGCCUCGCGCGGAUAUGGUGGAGGUGCCAGUAGGGGCUACGGCUCAGGCAAUGGCGGAUAUCGCGGCUUCGGCGGUUCUUCGAGUGGAUACGACAGCAACGCCCUUGGCAGUAAAUUGAUGCCAAUCGACUGGUCCAAGGAGACGUUGGUGCCCUUCGAAAAAAACUUCUACAAGGAACAUGACGAAGUGAAAUCCAUGUCGCAGGCCGACGUGGACCGCAUCAGGAAAGAGAAGGAGAUCACUAUUAUCGCCGGAAAGGACGUUCCCAAGCCAGUGGUUUCAUUCGAUCAAACCUCUUUCCCCGAUUAUAUCAUCAAAGCUAUCGCCGCCGCCGGAUUCACAUCCCCGACGCCCAUCCAAGUUCAAGGAUGGCCUAUCGCUCUCUCAGGAAGGGAUGUAAUCGGUAUCGCCGAAACGGGUUCAGGGAAGACACUUGCAUUCCUACUACCUGCGGUAGUACAUAUCAAUGCGCAGCAUCUACUUAGGCCAGGCGACGGGCCGAUCGUACUUGUCCUUGCUCCCACCAGGGAAUUGGUGGAGCAGAUCCGACAGCAGUGCACGCAGUUCGGGGCAAGUUCGCGUAUCAAGAGCUCUGUCGCAUACGGUGGUGUACCAAAGAGGCAGCAGUCGUACGAGCUCAGGCGUGGUGUAGAAAUCUUGCUGGCGUGCCCCGGAAGACUCAUCGAUUUCCUUGAGUCGGGGGUCACCAACCUGAGACGCGUCACUUACCUCGUCCUCGACGAGGCAGAUCGCAUGCUUGAUAUGGGUUUCGAGCCACAGAUCAGGAAGAUUGUGAGCCAAAUCCGGCCCGACAGACAGACUCUCAUGUGGUCUGCCACUUGGCCCAAGGAAGUACAAUCGCUGGCUCAUGAUCUUUGCCGCGAGGAGCCCGUACACAUAAACAUCGGAUCGCUAGACCUGAAGACUUGCCACAACGUAUCGCAAGAGGUAUAUGUCAUUGGUGAACAAGAGAAACGCGCACAAUUGAAGAAGAUUUUGGCUAAAAUCCCUGAUGGUACCAAGGUGCUCAUCUUCGCUGACACGAAGAAGACCGCAGACUCGCUCACCAGGGAGCUCAGGCUGGACGGAUGGCCAGCUCUGAGCAUCCACGGUGACAAGAAGCAAGAGGAGCGCAACUGGGUGCUCAACGAAUUCAAGAAUGGCAAGCACCCGAUCAUGGUCGCAACGGACGUCGCCUCCAGAGGUCUGGAUGUGCGCGAUGUCAAAAUUGUGGUGAAUUUCGAUUUCCCCAACCAAAUCGAAGACUACGUGCACCGCAUCGGGCGUACCGGACGUGGAGGGAAUAAGGGCGCGUCUUACACCUUCCUAACUCCGGACAAGGGUCGCAUCGCCAGGGAGCUCGUGAAGCUCAUGCGCGAAGCGAACCAGACCAUCAGCCCCGAGCUUUCCAAACUAGCGAACGAAAGGUUUGGAGGCGGUGGCGAGAAUCGCAGGUGGGGUGGUUACGGUGGAGGGAACUACGGUUAUGGCGGACGCUACGGAGGGGGCUACCACAGCAGCUCCAACGCGAUGCCUAUGGGGAGGCGUUAUUAG